UACUGCUUAUAACGGCUGGAAAUUUGGUCCCGGACAAGGUCCAAUCUUUCACCAGAAUGUCGACUGUAUUGGAGACGAAUUCAGUUUUGAGCAAUGCUUUCUCCCUGAAUGGUCAGAUAACAUGAGAUGCGACCAUAGUCAUGAUGCUGGCAUUGCUUGUUUCAAUGAGAAGGUUAGAUUGAAUUAUGGAGAGCUAGAGAAUGAAGGCCAAGUAGAGGUGACUCUUGGGAGUGGAUGGGGCAGUGUAUGCAGUGAUUACUGGGACAAUGCAAAUGCCCUCGUGCUCUGCCGGAUGUUGGGCUACGAGACCGGACUGAGUUACCAGGACAGCCACCGACAAGUUUCGACUUUGCCUGUUGUCUUGAAUGCUGUCAAUUGUUCCGGUGAUGAAAGAUCAAUUUUUGAUUGUCCGGCCUUUCCAAGUAGACAGUGUAUCCACACUGGAGCAUGGGUGAGGUGUUCCAAAGUGAAAGUAACUGACGAAUAUUUACCUGACCGAAGAAUCACUGUUCAUUACGAUGGAAAGAUUGGAACAAUAUGUCCUAAUGUAACUUGGUCUGACAAAGACGCCUCCGUCGUGUGUCGUAUGAGAGGUUUCAUGCAUGGUUUUGCACUUAGCAAACCAGACACCACGACCUACCCCGUAGGACUGGCAGAUUUAUCAUGCACCGGAAAAGAAAUGUCACUAGACGAGUGUAGUUAUACCGAUCAAAGCCGUUCGAGAUGUAAAAUCAGCUCCAAUAUCAAUGUACAUUGCACUAACAUUGAAGUACGUGUUGAUGGUAAUUCAAAUAAUACAACAGUUGGACUUGUACAAGUUUUAUAUAAUGGAAUCUGGGGUACAGUCUGCAAUAAUGGAUGGAAUGAUGAAGGUGCACAGGUGAUUUGCAGAUCAAUGGGUUACAAAAAUGGCCAAAUGGUCAGUAAAUAUGUGUCUCAUGUCCCAGUUCGAAAUACUCACCAGUUUUGGUUAGACAAUAUCGAUUGCAGUGGUAAUGAGACCGACCUUGCCGAAUGCAAGCAUAGUAACUGGGGCGAUGCUUAUUGCGACCAGGAGAACUGUGCAGCUGCUUGGUGUUCUGAUUAUGUCGGUAUUCGACUGAAAGACGGACGAACAAAACAGGAAGGACGUGUAGAAAUUUUGCAUAACAGAAUAUGGGGCAGUGUAUGCGAUGACAGCUGGGAUGACAACGAUGCUACUGUUGUAUGUAGAAUGUUAGGAUACAGUUAUGGAAAAGCAACGAUAGAAAGUAAACACGGUUUCACACGUGGACAAAUAUGGCUGGACGAUGUAGGUUGUGAUGGAAGAGAAUUUUCUUUGGAAAGCUGCAGCCAUUUAGAAUGGGGUUGGCACAACUGCAAUCACGAUGAAGAUGCUGGUGUCAUCUGUUCGAACAAUCCAGACACGAUUAUAGGUUAAUAACACCAAUACCUGCACAGAAGACAAAAGCCUGAGCAAAUAUUUACAAGAAUCUAUGGAUUUGAUUACACACACAUGUUAAUGAUUUGUAAAAUGAAAUCCACAACUUCAUACAGAAUAUUUCCUUUAAGAUCUCAUUAUAUCAGAACCAAAAAUACUUAAUGAUAAUAAAUAUAGCUAGUGAUAAA